GAAGUGUGGCUGCAGUCAGGUGACAUGCGACUGCAACACAAGUGUCUGUUUUUUUAUCAGGAGUCCAGCUGUACAAACGCCCGGCGGUUAGCUAGAGUAUGGGUAUAGAAGCCUGGUACAUGGACAGCUGUGAUGAAGACCAGAGAAAGCCGCACAGACUGAACCCAAAUCAGCCCGUUUCCGUGGACGAAUUAAAAAAGCUCGGGGUGUUUUACUGGAAGUUCCUACAUGAAACUGCUCACAACAAGCUGAAUGCUGAUAUCUAUGAAACAGACCCAGAGCUGGAGCAGAUCCGUAAAGAGCAAGGCUACUCCUACAUGGACAUUAUCACUAUUCACAAGGACACACUACCUAACUAUGAGGAAAAGCUGAAGAUGUUCUAUGAGGAGCACCUGCAUUUGGAUGACGAGAUCCGCUACAUCCUGGAUGGCCGGGCCUACUUUGAUGUCAGGGACAAGGAGGAGCGAUGGAUCCGAAUCGCCAUGAGCAAGGGGGACCUGAUCACCCUGCCGGCCGGUAUCUACCAUCGUUUCACCCUGGAUGAGAGCAACUACACUAAAGCCAUGAGGCUGUUUGUGGGGGAGCCAGUGUGGAAAGCUUACAACCGGCCCGCUGAUGGCUUUGACAUCCGCCAGAAGAGCGAGAGCUUUCUACUGUAAGAUUCUACUCUUGGGGCUUUAUUCCCUGUCACACUGGAGGAGAAUGCAGUUGUGUGUGUCCUCUCCCAGUUCAUCCUCUUGCCCCUAAACUAAUUUGAGGCACUGUGUGUUGAAGCUGUCCCCCUCCCGGCAGGCCACAGCCUCCAGCAGAGCCUGCUUCUUCUGGGUGCUGCGAGAUGACUCCAGCUCGUACAUAGUGGUCAGGUUGAAGAGGACGCUCUCGUGGAGGUAGAGUGCAGGGUCCUGUUGCACCAGGCCCUCCAGCUGGCCCAGGGACUCCUUCAGACGGCCUAGAUAGAGCAGGCACACUGCUGCGUUGUUGUUGGCCUGGGAAUGCAAGGAGGGAGGGAAUGGGUGAAAACAGAUGAGUUUGAAUGUGAACUUAUCCUCAACUGUAUCAUUCUAUUUGGUAUGAGGCUGCUGUUUAGCUUUUGAAGUUUAAUUAGAAUUUCAGUUGAGUUCCACAAAUUAAAUGAUACAGAGCAUAAUGUCUUGGAAUGAGCUACAGUAGAGAUCCAAACCUUGUCCCACCAUUACACUGACCGUAUCGAGCAAUCCGCACUAUGGCCAGAUAAACUGUCAAAAAAUAGUUUCAACAUGUAACUCCCCCUAAAACUGCAAAUUGUAAUUUUUACAUUUCUGUUUGUGUACUGAUUAAAGAAACGAGAUACAAUGUGUUAAUUA